CAAGCGCCCGUUAGGUAGAGAUUUUUCAUAGUGGUAGCCUCGGGUCAUGCUGACUCUCAAAAAUGAAUACGAAUCAGCUGCGAUUUCCGGUGUUGAUGCGAGGGAACUUGAACCUGCAAGUGCCGGAUCGAAUUUAUUAACUCUUGCGAAACGGUCCCUAUUUGUCAAAAUGGACAACGACUUCUCAGAGCUUCUCAGCCAAGCUGAGCAGCUUGCUAAUGACAUUGAUGGGGUGGGAGAGUUACCUCGAGUAGAACGCUCGCUCAGGCAGGUUUUGGAUGCAUCAAAUGAUUUAUGGAGUAAAGUAACACUUCAUGAAGCCCCUGACAUUCAGGCGCAUAUGAUGCUAGCUUCCAAGGGAGUUGACCUUACUCAGCUGUCCCAGAAAUUAGAUACUCUAAGCACCAGGAAAACAUUUGAGCCAUUGGAGCCGGUUCCAGAAGCUGAUAUAUCCAGCUAUCUGAAAAACGAAGUGGAAAAUGUUUUGCUAUCUUUAGUUGAAGGAACCCACAGGAGGGCAUCUGCAGCUGCUGACCAGCGGUUGUGGGAUAGUAUCAGGCAAAACUGGUCCAAAGAGAUGCGUCAAAUGUUUAAUGCUCUUCAUGGUUCAUCACGGCCUCUUGAUUUACAAGGACUUCCUGAAACAUCAACAUUAGCAGACAUUGCUCCAGUUCACAGUCGUCUGGAUCAUAUGGAAAUGGCCUAUGCAAAGGAAGUUAUUGAUUACAACAACCGUAUAAUUCAAGGUGUUGUCAGACCUCAGUUGGUUCAGAAGUUUGCUACAGCUGCUGAAUCAUUCAAUAAUUUGAAAGUCAAUGAGCUUUGGGAAAUUGUGAGGUACAUGUCUCACAUUGCGCCACAGUUCAGAGACAACCCACUUCUUUUGAGGACUUCUUCACCCACUCAAAACCAACUCAUUUUGCAAGCAAGAAAAUAUCUUGAAGAUAGAUACAAGAGAUAUAUGACCAGUGUAGUUGAAGGAAAUCUGGCUCGUGCCUGUCGAGGAGGAAUACCUGGAACUCUAUCAUUAGUUCGCAGUUUUGUGGACCUUAGAGUGCUUGGUGGAUUACAAGGAAUGCUUGGCCUUGAAGAUGGUCAAGUUGACAAAAAACCUAUCUGGCCUCAACUUUACUAUUGUUUAAGAUGUGGUGAUAUUGAUGCGGCACUGGCAUGUGCCACUCAAGCAGGAUCACAAAUGGAUGAUUUGUGUGCAAUUCUGGGAGCUCUCAAGAGCAGCCCAGAACGGGCACUCGAUCCAAGUAUGGAGUCUACUGUAAGGUUCCAGUACAGAUGUAACAUUCGCAAGUCACCUGACCCUUUCAAACGGGCUGUCUACUGUAUUUUGGGUGCAUGCGACGUCUCCGAUGAACACUCAGAAGUUGCUAAAACUGCUGAUGAUUAUUUGUGGUUCAAACUUUGCCAAAUUCGUGAAGGAGACCGCACUGAUGCACGGUCUGGAGAAAAUAUCACUCUUCAGCAUUUGCAAACACUGAUCUCUCAAGACUAUGGUGAAACCCAUUACAAUGCACUGGAGCAGCCCCAUGUUUACUUCCAAAUGCUCUUUCUAACUGGCCAGUAUGAACUUGCUUUAGAAUUUCUAUGGCGUAUUGACAAAUUGAAAGUUCAUGCUGUACACAUGGCUAUAGCUCUUCAUGAAAGCAACCUCCUUGCCAUUCCUAAUUCUCCUGAAUCACCUCUUUUGUGUGAGGAUCCCUCUGACCAGAAACCUCACCGACGACUCAAUUUAGCUCGACUUAUUCAGUACUAUGUCAGGAGAUUCAAUCUCACAGAUAUGAGGGAGGCAUUACACUAUUACUACUUCCUUAGAGGCAUGCGGUUACCCUCAGGAGACAAUCUCUUCAGGUCUUGCAUCUCAAAUCUAUCAAUGGAGUCGAGGGACUUUGGCACAAUUCUUGGCAGGUUGGAACCUGAUGGAUGCAGAGCUCCUGGACUCAUUGAUAUCUUUAAUGGAGUGCAGGCAGAACCCAGUGAGAUCAUUGAGAUGGUGGGAUCAAAUUUGGAAAAGAAGGGACUCUUUGAAGAUGCAUUAGAAGUCUAUGAUUUGGCUGGUAAUCAUGAGAAAGUAAUGAGUUUAAUGAGUAGCUUACUAAGCCAAGUUGUUCAUUUAGUAAGCCAGCAAGGCUCAUUGCGAUUCCGCCUUGCUGCAAAGGCAACAGAUGUGGCUCAUCGUAUUGAUGGAAACAAAUUCCGCUGUUCUGAUGAAACCUACCGCACAUUCAAAACCCUGCGACAUUUAUUAGAAUUCUUUGAUAAAUACCAUGCUGGAGAAUAUGUCAAAGCUCUGGAGUUGAUUGCUGAGUCAGGACUCAUCCCCAGUAAAACUGAAGAGGUUGAGAACAGAGUUAAUAAUUUCCGCAAACUGGGUGAUGAAAUUUGCCACAACUUCCCACAAAUUCUUUUGGCAACUAUGACCAUUUUACACUCUCUUUACAACAGAACCAGAGGGAAUGCUAAUAUGAGUCUUAGCUCAUCCAGACUUGAAUAUAGCAUGACAGAGAAGCCACUCCAGUCGUACAGAGAACAAGCAAAAGCCAUCACAAGUUUUGCAGGCACAAUGCCCUACAGACUACCUGGAGAUACUAAUUCAAAGUUGGUGCAAAUGGAAAUUCUGAUGCACUAAGUAUGCUUUAUUCCAUGGUUAACCACAGACAAAUGAAUUGCGAGUCAAUACUUUAUGUCAUUAAUUAAAACAUAAUAAGCAUUAAACAAACAAUUUUAAU